ACCGCAUAAUAGUAUCCCUAUUUUAAAGGGACACGACCGAAGAGGUGAGAAAAGGAAAGGUUGGCAAAACAGACAGCAUAAAAAUUUUAGCGUCGUUCGAUGGCUUCCCCAACAAGUAGGCAGCACCACCGACAGAAUUCAAAUCUUCCUACGAGACGCAGUAGUGUUGCAAGUACUUUGAUGGAAGGUGGACCUCACGCAAAUGAAAGUGGCAGAGAAUUAUUUGAAGCUUGUCGAACUGGGGAUGUUUCUCGGGUGCGUUUUUUAAUUCAAAAUAAUUGGGACGUGAAUAUGAGAGAUACUGCUGGAAGAAAGUCAACACCACUUCAUUUUGCUGCAGGUUUUGGGCGCAAAGAUAUUGUUGAAUUUCUUCUUGAUGCUGGAGCUGACGUUCAUGCCAGAGAUGAUGGUGGCCUAAUACCAUUGCAUAAUGCAUGUUCUUUUGGUCAUGUUGAAGUGACACUAUCAUUGCUUCGACACCAGGCUGACGUAAAUGCUAGAGACAAUUGGAAUUUCACCCCUCUUCAUGAAGCUGGAAUCAAGGGGAAAGUUGAGGUUUGCAUUGCAUUGCUUCAGCAUGGUGCAGAUGCUACUAUUCGUAACACAGAUGGAAAAACUGCUCAAGAUUUGGCAGAACCAACUGCCAAGUUAGUUUUAUCAGGUGACUACAAAAAAGAAGAACUGUUGGAAAGUGCAAGGUCUGGGUGUGAAGAAAAAAUGCAGUCAUUAAUUACACCGCUAAAUGUUAAUUGUCAUGCAGGUGAUGGGAGAAAGUCAACGCCCCUCCAUUUGGCUGCCGGGUACAAUCGUACAGGAAUUGUUGAAAUAUUAUUAAAACAUGGAGCAGAUGUACAUGCAAAAGACAAAGGAGGUUUAGUACCAUUGCACAACGCAUGUUCAUACGGUCAUUAUGAAGUCACUGAGUUGUUGGUUAAGCAUGGUGCAAGCGUUAAUGCUAUGGACUUGUGGCAAUUUACCCCUCUACACGAAGCUGCUUCUAAAAUCAGGGUGGAAGUAUGCACAUUGUUACUGAGUCACGGAGCUGAUCCUACCAUCGUUAAUUGUCAUUCAAAAAAUGCCAUUGAUGUCGCUGCUACACAGGAACUGAAAUCAAAGCUUCUUUAUGAAUAUCGUGGUUAUACUUACCUGGAAGCUGUCAAAUCAGGUGACGUAAGCAAGUUAAAAAGGAUCAUAGCUCCAGAUUUAAUAAACUUUAUUCAUCCUUUAACCCAGAACUCGGCUUUGCAUUUGUGUGCUGCUUCAAGCUCCCCUAAAAGGGAACGUGUUGCUGAAUGUCUGAUAAAGAAAGGUUGCAAUUUGGAUUCUUAUAACAACGAAAAAUUAACCCCAAUGCACGUGUCUGCUAUUAAUGGAAGUACAGAAGUUAUGGAACUGCUGAUAAAGGCCGGAGCCGAGCUUAAUGCUUUGGACGAAAUGAAACUGUCGCCUUUGCACCGAGCUGCUCAAGCUGGUCAUAUUCAAAUAUGUCAUUUGUUGCUAAUGAAUGGUGCUGAUGCUUCCAGACGCUCUGCUAGUGGUUGCACUCCUGCACAGCUAGGAACUGAAAGUGUACAGAAGGUUUUCCAAGCAUCACAAGAGACGAGUAUGAAGGAUACUGAUCUAAAGUUGUUGGAAGCCUCAAAAACAGGAGAUUUUCACAUGAUUCAAAACCUUUGCACUCCACAAACAGUCAACUGUCGCGAUAUGGCAGGAAGAUUGAGCACUCCUCUACAUUUUGCAAGUGGAUAUAACAGAAUGGACAUAGUGGAACACUUACUUAGAAAUGGCGCUGAUGUGCAUGCGAAAGAUAAAGGUGGAUUGGUGCCUCUCCAUAACGCGUGCUCUUAUGGUCAUUACGAAGUUGCAGAAAUUUUAGUUAGGCAUGGAGCAAAUGUUAACGCAGCCGAUUAUUGGAAGUUUACCCCUCUUCACGAAGCUGCUGCAAAGGGAAAAUUUGAAAUUUGUAAACUUUUACUAAAGCACGGUGCCGAUGCAAACAAGAAGAACCAUGAAGGAAACACACCAUUAGACCUGGUAAAAGAUACUUUUCCUGACGUGAUUGAUUUGCUGAGAGGUGAUGUUGCUCUUCUUGAAGCUGCAAAGAAAGGCAACUUACCUAAAGUUAUGAAGUUAGCCACCCCUCAGAAUAUUAACUGCAGGGACACGCAAGGACGAAACUCAACGCCGUUACAUUUGGCAGCUGGUUAUAACCAUGUAGAAGUAGCAGAAUUUCUUCUUGAAAAUGGAGCUGAUGUAAACGCGCAAGACAAAGGUGGAUUAAUAGCACUGCACAACGCUUCUUCCUACGGACAUGUAGAUAUUGCAGCUCUCCUUAUCAAGUACAAAGCCGAUGUCAAUGCAACUGAUCGCUGGUUGUUCACGCCAUUGCAUGAAGCUGCGCAGAAAGGAAGAACUCAACUUUGCGCACUGCUGCUAACCCACGGCGCAGAUCCUCAGUUAAAGAAUCAAGAAGGACAGUCACCACUAGAUCUUGCGUCUGCGGAUGACGUAAAAGUGCUUCUACAAGAUUCUAUGGUAUCAAAAUCUCAAGUAAUGCAAAUUCCAGUUGCUUCACAAGCUCAGGACAGCUGUGGUCCAAUAAACAACGCAACAACCAGCACCUCCCGCUCACCAUCAGCGCCGCCACUCUCCUCUUCAUCACCUAAAGCACCCGCUUUACCUUUAGCCCCCCCAUUGCCUACUUCUACUGAAAUCCAACAACAACAGCAAGGCAUGACUACACCAUCAACUGCGAAUCAAAGCUUGUUACAAUCUGAACCGUGCAAUGCAGAUGGUUUACCUUCUAAGCGAUUGAUGGAUCAAGCUGAAGGAACUAACCCGUUGGAUAUCGAAAUUGGCACGUUUUUAUCUGGACUGCAGUUAGAAUGUCUUAUUGAAAUUUUCAACGGGGAACAAAUCUCCAUGGAUGUGCUUAUUGAAAUGGGUCCAGAUCAGUUGAAGGAGGUUGGAAUAAAGGCGUAUGGACAUAGACAUAAAAUUUUAAAAGGAGUCAAAGAAAGAUUAACUGGUGCUGGUUGUACAAUAAUUGGCGAGCCAUUUCAAUCAACCAUCGCAGCUUCAGGUCCAAACACUAUAUUGCAGGAACUCUCACCAGCCGAUAAAGAUUACCAGUCGGUUGCUGAAGAGAUGCAAAGCACAAUUGUUGAACAUAAAGAUGGAGGCGUAGCAGGUGGCGUGUUCUCAAGGUAUUUUGAACUCAAGAUUGAGCGUGUGAUCAACCAAAGGCUGUGGGACAGAUACGCAUACCAACGCAAGCAAGUGGCUGAUUCCAAUCACAACCAUCCAAAUGAACGCAUGUUAUUUCAUGGCUCACCGUUUGUAAAUGCGAUUGUUCAGAAAGGUUUUGACGAAAGACACGCCUAUAUUGGUGGCAUGUUUGGUGCAGGUAUAUAUUUUGCAGAACAUUCCAGUAAAAGUAACCAGUAUGUGUUCGGUAUAGGCGGUGGAUCAGGUUGUCCGUUACACAAAGACAGAUCUUGUUAUGACUGCAAAAGACAAAUCGUAUUAUGUCGGGUUACUCUUGGUAAACCAUUCUUUCAAUUCACUGCGAUGAAAAUGGCACACGCACCGCCUGGUCAUCAUUCUGUCAUUGGUCGACCCAAUAAUGGUGGACUCUGCUACCCGGAAUAUGUGGUAUAUCGAGGCGAGCAGUCAUACCCGGAAUACUUAAUAACAUACAAAAUUGCAAGACCAACAUCGUUCGUAUCAUCCGGCAGCUCUGCUGUUAGUUAAAGGUCGUAUUAUUGCGGCUGGUUUGUUUUUUUUAUUGCGAGAUUGACAAUCAACACAGAUCAUUCGUCAAACCGAGCAACGAUCAAUGUUGUGGAUUUUACCAAUAUGUUUAUUCAACUUUGUAUGUUAUUUUGAUAAAAACUCUGAAACCUCA